AUGGCAGCUGCCAUGGAGCUACGAUGCUGGGGAGGCGACUGGGGUCUGCCGUCCGUUCACAUCGAGUCACUCGUCGUCCUGGCAUAUGCUAAGUUUUCCGGAGCCAAAGUGAACAUUUCUCCUAUAGACUGGACAUGGAAAACUCUGACAGCAACAGUGCCCGAGCUGGUUUGUGGUGACACAUCAGUAAAAGAGCCCUCACAGAUUCUCAAUUUCUUGAGAAAACAGAGGUUUAAUGCAGACUACGAGCUGAGCGCCCGUCAAGGAGCUGACACCAUGGCGUACAUCGCGCUUCUUGAGGAGAAACUACAACCCGCACUGUUGCACACUUUCUGGUUGGAUGCAGAAAACUACGCCAAUCUGACACGGCCGUGGUUUGCCUCCCGUUCGCCGUUCCCCCUUAACUUCGUCGUGCCCAGUCGUCACGCCAACAGCGCCCGCUCCCGAAUCCUGCUGACCAAAGGGGAGGCACCGCUAUGCAGAAUUACAGAGGUGGAAGGCAAGCUGUACAGUGAUGCCAAGGAGUGCCUCAAUCUCCUCUCCUACAGACUGGGAGCAGCAAACUACUUUUUUGGCACAGUACCCACCAGCCUAGACGCUUUUGUGUUUGGAUUUGUGGCUCCACUCCACAAGGCCCACCUCCCCAACAGCCCUCUGCAAAGCCACCUCAGACAGCUGGAGAACCUCACACACUUCUGUGACAACAUCCUGGCAGACUACUUUAGCUCCGCCCAUAUGUGUAAGCAGAGUACACUCGCACAAAAAUGUCUUCCCCCAUCUGUUCAGGAAACAAUGGAUGCCAACCUCCAGAAACUAACUCAGCUUGUAAACAAAGAGUCCAACUUGAUAGAAAAGAUGGAUGACAACCUUCGCAACAGCCCGCAGCACAAACCUCAUCGACCAGAGCCCAAAUCCAGUCUGGGCAAAGGGAGAAGUUCAACACCUGCCUAA